AUGCAGCCCGCGGAUCUAGACUCGUCGGCCCCGGCGGGUCAGUCGUCGAUCGCCACUCAAAGUCAAAAUCGACUGUCUUCAUCUCAUAGCCCGAGAGGCCCUGUCGUUGACCACCACCACCAGGCUACCUCCACUUCCACUGAUGGUACGGCUGCCGCCGCUGCCACCAGUCAUACUGCUUCCCCGCACCCCACACCAGCAAAAGCUCAACCCGGCCGAGCUAUAUCAAGCUCGUCACCUGCCGCUAUUGCCCAUGCAUACUUCGCAGGCCCUGCUUUGACGGGAGCCCUAACCGACUCGCCGGUCAAGACCAAAAUGUUGUUUUCGGAUCUUUACAAGUCUACUAAGUCGCCUCUGGCACGGUUGCGCCAGCCGUCGCAUCCUGCUUCCGGACCCGCCGCUCCAGACUUUGACGCAGAUCUCGUGAGCAGGGAUAAGGCCAAGCAGAAAGAUGCCAUCAAACGCUUUUUGACCGAAAGGAUCCGGAAUGAUUGGGAGUUCAAAUGGCCGCCCGAAUCUGAAGCAUCAGUCCCUGAGAAAUCCGAACCGGAAGUCGCAGUUCCGAACCCGGAGACUCCGUCGAACCAGGAGCCAAACCCGGAUACCCCUGCUACUGAGACGUCCGCGGACGACCUCGACGUGAAGCAGACUGACCAAGAGGAUGAUGCAGCUUCUGUGUAUAGCACUGUCUCCGAAGACCCCAUCCAUUUUCGUCCCAGGGCUGAAUGGCUAUCGGACCUGUCCGAGGAUGAACACGAUGAACCCGUGUCUCCUUCAGCAUAUCGCUUCGAGACCCCAGAUGCCGUGGGCAACACUCUCACCGCAACUGAACAGGCACGAAGCGCAAGACGCCGGAGAGCUACACGCGCUGAAAUGGAAUGGAACAAUGGACUGGCCUGCUUCAAUGCGCGACGAGACGCCUGGACCGGUGCCAAGGUAGCUCGUGUCCGUCCCAAGACCCCUGCUCCAGUUGCAACAUCUCCUACCAAAGCCAGGCGGCUAUCACUUUGGCGUUUAUCGACCUCAACGUCGGCGCCCACAUCACCAACCGGAUCAGCUGGGACGCCUGGACCCCUGAGCCCAAGCUUGACGCGUACGUCCGGCGAUACUACUGCUGUGUCGACAUCAGAUACAGAGGCCAAAGAAGGAAAGCCCAAGCCGGCCCCGGCCUCAUACCGAGUGGAGACGCUUCUACCGAUACCUCCACCCCUGCUCCCACCAGCGAACCCCAUGCGCGCUUCUAUCACCCCUAGUAACUACCCAUCCAUCUAUGACAAGAUCGUGGUACACUCCAUGACACCUGCAUGUCCUAUUAACCUGGGCGACGUGAUCAGCGCGUGUGUCGUGGGUUGGAAGCGAGAUGGGGAAUGGCCUCCACGUGCCAACGAGGUUCCACCCGUUGUAGCAGUUCGCAAGAAGAGGAAGGAUAGCGGUGCAGAAAGCAGGAAAGCGGACACUGGCAGGAGAAUGAGCUUCAACUUCCUUGGCCGGAAGCAAAGUGUUGGAUCAGCCUCGGUACCGGGAAGCCCUUCUCAACCUAGGAAGGAGGAGGAUUCGAACAAUACCAAGGGCGUCCGGAGGAGCCUUCAACGGGUCUUGGGCCUUGGACACGAGAGGACAGGCAGCAAUGCUAGUAACAACGGCAAUGCCGCUGGAUGA